CCUGCCACAUCCUCAGAUCCCCUCCACUCCCAGCUUCUCUCUUCACGGAGGCAGCAAUACCACCAGCCUGUGUGUGUUUGUGUGUGUGUGUGUGUGUGUGUGUGUGGUAGGGGAGUGGGCAGUGCUCCUGGCCAGCUCCCUGAUCCUCUUAGACCACCUGCCCCAGGCUCAAAGCUGUUCCACAGGCACCAUGCGGAGGGCCCUACUGUUUGCAGCCAUUCUGGCCAUCAGCCUGGCUUACAGUCUGGGGGCUGUCUGUGAGGACUCACAGGAGCAGGUGGUGCCUGCUGGGGGGCACAACAAGAAGGACUCGGACCUCUACCACUUGCCUUCAUCCUUGCUCCGGAAACUCUAUGACAGCCGCUCUGUCUCUCUGGAUGGAUUGCUCAAAAUGCUUAGCAAGGCUAGCGUGGAUCCUAAGGAAUCGUCACUUCCCCAGAAACGUGACAUGCAUGACUUCUUCGUGGGACUUAUGGGCAAGAGGAACAUCCAGCCAGACACUUCUAUUGAUGUAAACCAAGAGAACGUUCCCAGCUUUGGCACCCUCAAGUAUCGCCCCAGUGUGGAAUGAGCACUCCACUUCUGGACCCCGGGGCUGCAACAUGAAGACACCUGUCACCCCCUCCCAACCCCCAGCUGCACGAUUUCCCUUUCUUUCCUCCAGCCUUGUAGCAUCCCUGCACUUGGACUCCUUCCCCAUCCCUCUACUCCACAGUGAUGUAGAAACCACAGACUGAGCACCCUCAGUCUCCGUGGGCAUUGACUAUAGAUUCCCUGAGGUUUCUGAAGUGUCCUCCAUCAAAAAUAUGAUGUCUCUCUCUACUCCCCAACAAUAAAGGAUUUUCAAAUAUGA